AUGAGUAGCACGCUUUUGAAAUUCUUUCUUCAGGAUGACGUGGACAGUUUCAAGCGUUUGCUGGCAAACGUCAGCAAUGCGCCAACUGGCCAGCGUACGGCCCCAGGAAGUAUGACACCGAAGAUAGGAAGUCCCUCAUAUGGUUCGUCGCCAAGCGCAUUGUCGCGCAACCACAAAAAGGCCAUUGGAACCUCCCCAGGCACAUCGAACCCCGAUCGCAGUGGAUAUAUACGAGGGGCUGCAAGCCCAUGGUCUCGUACACAAGUGAACGCUCGCGAUCAAAACGGACGCACCUUACUUCAUCUGAUCGCAUCGUCCCCGAAACCGAUCGCUAUCGAGUUCGCGAACGCGCUACUGGAAUUACCGUUUGUUGAUAUAUACGCUCAAGACUCGGAAAAUGGAUGGACAGCACUGCACAGAGCUUUAUAUUCCGGAAACGUUGCGGUUGCGCAAGCUUUGAUGCAGAAGGAUCUCCGAGGCACUACCUAUUUCAGUGCUCCUAGUAGCCUUCAUCACUUGACUGCGAGCUUGAUCAAAAUAAAAGACCGGGAAGGAAACAGUCCUUUUGAUGUUUACGGUGCAACCAUUAUUGGUCGUGACAUCAAGCAAAUCAUAACGCUAGACGGAAAGCCUUCAGGAGAAUUUAUAUCAGCCGACGGCGAUAACGACAUCUCUUCUGCCGAAAACUCUGUCUUUGGAGGUGAUGGUCCCGAGGAUGGGCUUCUUUCUAGAGCGCGAUUGAAAGCUCGAACAAAUCUAGAGGGCGAUGAAGUGUUUACCUUUGGUAGCAAUAAGAAUAUGACUCUUGGGCUAGGAGAUGAGGAUGACCGACAAUUUCCAGAGCGGAUUUCAUUGGAUCGGCCUGAUCAUCUCCUUCGACGAUUUUUCACGGAAAGAGAAGAUACCCGCGAGCAUCAAGAACAACGUUCUUCACUAUUUGGUCAGGCUACAAGCCAUACCGAUGAUCAAUGUGAUUUGCCCACUCUGAUAACAUCAAAACCGUUGUCCAUUCAAGAUGUAUACAUGUCAAAACUACACACGGCAGUCUUGACUAAUGAUCCGGAAUCGAAUCUGUAUAUGUCUGGAUUUGGCCCCGGCGGUCGGCUGGGCACGGGUGAUGAGGCCACAAGAUUUCACUUUGUUUGCAUUGAGACAGGUGGACUAUCCGGGAAGAAAGUCAUAUCACUUGCUCUUGGGCAAGAUCAUUCAAUCGCUAUUUCUGAACAAGGCGAAGUCUUUACAUGGGGAAGUAACAAAUAUGGUCAACUUGGCUACAACCUUCCCCGGGCCAACAACAAGAGGGACAUACCAAUGCAGAGUACCCCGCGACAGGUUUUCAACCCGCUCAAACGUGAAGUUAUACUAGGAGCCGCAGCAUCUUCCAUUCACUCCGUGGUUUUCAGUGCUUCCAGUCUUUACACCUUUGGGAAGAAUGAGGGACAACUUGGUCUGGUUGAUUCUGAUGCUCGUUCACUUGAAAUCCAGGUCACUCCUCGCCGUGUUGGAGUGUCCCUCUUCAAUGCUCCUAUCCGCAUGGUAUCGGCUAUUGAUAGAGCGACUGCAGUUCUUCUCGAGACCAGCGAGACCUGGGUUUUCACGCACUACGGUUAUUCCAAAAUAAUUUUCCCUCUUGAUUUCAGUUCAUACUUUAUCAAGGAAAGUUUUUUGGCCACCAGGUAUGGCAACACGGCAAAUCGGGUCAUGAAGAUCACUGCCGGCGGAAGUACUAUCUGUGCGCUUUCCAGCUUCGGGGAGGUCUACAGUGUUCAUGUUAACAGUCGACCUGACCCUUCAACCACUUCUUCAACGACCAAUCCUGCAAAGAUUCGAAAUUCUCUUUCCACUCCGGAACGUGUUUGGUCUGUGAGAAAGUCUCACAUGGCUGCAAAUGAUGUCGAUGUCGGGCAAGAUGAGUCUAUUAUUAUUUGCACGACCUCCGGAUCUGCAUGGAGGAAAGAGAAACGAGCUAAAAUCAAAGCAUCUAGCGCUAAGGAUUACAAAUUUGUGCGUAUUGCAGGUCUUUCCAGGGUCACCGCUGUCAGAAGCAAUGCAUUUGGUGCAUUUGCGGCUGUGCAGAAAGAUUGCGAUGUAACGAAGGAACAAGUGACCGUUUCUCCGUCAUCUCUAUGGAGUGACUUUUAUCAGCUCUUGCCGGUCAGAUAUCUAGCAGAAAACAUAGAUACUGAUUUGUCAGAUGACUCAAUGAUCAGACAUGAGAUCGCCAAGAUGAAACUGGCAGUUUCGUCUUCGCCCGACAUAGAAUCAGAAGUGCAGCGUAUCGUGGAGAGGAGCAACAUGAAAAGAUCUACCCACAUCAUUUGGCUUAGAACUACGGUAUCCGAUACGCGCAUACCCGUCCAUGAAUUCAUCUUGGCUGGUCGGAGUCUUAUUUUGCGAACAGCAUUAGCCGAGUCUCGGCGAACGAACGACCUCCCAAUGCCAGAUUUCAUGACGUUAGCAUUCAGCAAAGAUGGUAACCGUGAGCUUGUCUUUCAAGGAAUGGAUUUUCUGUCAAUCCUGAAUCUCGUGGUGUUUCUCUAUACCGACGAUGUUUUGGACGUGUGGCGUGAUAUUAGACAUGACUCGGUCAAUGCCUAUAGGUAUAGACAAGUUCGAACUGAAGUUAUGCGAAUUGCUACUCAUCUAGAAAUACGGGCUCUGGAGCGAGCUGCCCGGGUUAUGGGCGAACCGUCUCGAACGUUGCAUUACGACAUGGAGAGAGCCUUGAAUGACCCAACGUUCUUGGAGGGGGGCGAUGUUUCGAUACGCUUGAAGGAUGCAACGGUACAAGCUCAUAGUCAGGUUGUGUGCCAAAGAUGCCCUUUCUUCGAUGCUCUUUUCCAUGGUCGAUCAGGUGGAAGAUGGCUCGAUUCACGACGACAAGAGGAUGCCAUCACAAUUGAUCUUCAAGAUAUGGAUUUGCGCGUGUUCAGUUUUGUCCUUCGUCAUUUAUACGCAGAUACAGAGGAUGAAUUAUUUGAAGAUGUGCGAUACAAUAACCUUGAUGAAUUUAUUGAUUUCGUUCUCGACGUGAUGUUUGCUGCCAACGAGCUCAUGGUUGACCGGCUGGCUCAGGUCUGUCAGAAGAUGCUAGGACAGUUCGUAAACACUCGCAAUGUCUGCCAACUCCUCAAUGCUGUUGCUCCUUGUACAGUAACAGAGUUCAAGGAAGCCGCAUUAGAGUAUAUCUGUCUGAACCUUGAGACCUUGCUUGAGAAUAGGCUACUUGAUGAUCUCGAAGAAGAUUUGAUGGACGAAUUAGACGAGAUCUGCCAGGAGAAUCAACUUGCGCGAUAUCCCGUUUCUCGUGGUCGCAAUUCAGAAGAGGCAUUGCUGGAGAGAUACCCUGAACUGGUCACGAGCAUUGAAAUAGACAGACAAAGGAGAGUUGAUUCAAUGCGACUAAGUUCGCGUCGUGAUCAAGACGAGCUUUUUGAUGGGAAGAUUCGAGCAAGUGUUAUCGACAAAGGCACCCCAUCACCAUCUGUCCGAAAAAUGAAGGCCGCUCAAAGUGGUGAGCCCAGGCUGUCUGUUGGAAGUCCGAUACUCAGGGCUCGACAAUCUAUGAACGAUCUCAUGUUCCAGAUGGACGAUGAGUCUGCCAUGUCACCAAGUCCCGUGCGUAAAGGCAAGGUUCCCAUUACUAAUCCGCUGGCAGAAGAUUUGGAUGAUCUAUCACAGCCUCCUGCCCUUUCUCUGUCUUCUAGCCAGGGAGAUUCUCUAGGCGAUACAAGCUAUUUGGAAGCUAGAGUGGGAUCAUUGGGAAAUGCUGGAGCUGGCAGUUUGACUAUGUCUACCACACAGACGAGUCAGCCAACACCUCCGACUGUUUCAAAAGGGGCACCAUGGGUAUCGCGAGAUAUAUAUGGUGAUAAGCGGAACCUUAAAGAUAUAAUGGUCGAGACCUCCACGUCACGUGUUUCCAAUCUUACUCUUGGUAUGGCAGAUCGCUCAAGCGCUCAAUCUAGUGGCACGUUCUCUCAAAAGAUGUCACAAAAAGAACGCAAGAGACUUCAGCAGAUACAAGCGCAGGAAGCUCUGGAGGCACAGCAAAAGGUGGCAGUUGAUUCUCGACAGUCACCAUGGCAGAUAGUUAGCAAAAAGCCUACCUCAAGCCCUCUUGACAACAUCACUCCAGAGGCUGGCUCGACUCAGCCCAAGGCUGUUCAGAAACCUGCUAUGACCCUUCGGCAAACUGUAGCCGGGAGUCCGUCGAUUCGACCGGUUUCAAAACCUGGACCAUCGCCAAAUGGUCAAGUGCGAAGUGUCUCACAGCCUCUUCCAGGAUGUUUGACAAACGCAAAACCGAUACCAGCAAAUACAAAUCCGGCAGCUAUGAAAGCAAAACUGUUACCUAGCUUAUCUCCCAGCUCCACACCACAACCCCUCAUUCAAUCGAUUCGUCACACUCCUCGUCCUGAGCGAUUUCUCCCUGGUCCAGCGGGUCAAGCAUCUUUGGCCUCGAUUCUCCUUCAACAGCAAGCAGAAAAGGAUGAGAUUCGCGAAGCAGCGUCUGCCAAACACAAGCUACAAGACAUCCAAGCAGAGCAAGAGUUCCAAGAAUGGUGGGAUCAGGAAAGCAAACGGGUUAUGGAAGCUGAAGCUGCCGCCGCAGCAGCCGCUUCUCAGUCGUCGAAAGGCCGGAAUGCUCGACGUAAGAAUAGGGGACAACAACAGUCACAGUCACAGUCACAGCAACAACAGGCACAGCGGCAGCAAGGAGGGAAUAAGCCUCAACCACGACAGAAUCCAGAGAAAACGAGCGAAGCUCCACGUUCUCACGGAAAGCGCCCUAAUCAUCGCCGACCUCCCAAGAACUCACAGCCAUCAACAGGGCCUAGCAACAACCGUCCUGAAGGUAUCGCUAAUCAGUCAUGA